AUGUAUGGGACUCGCUCCGCGUGGUUGAGCCAUGAGGCCCAGAUCCACAGGAAGACCUUUCGUUGCUUUGAGCACCCAGAGAAUUUCUCGUCACGAGACUCCCUCGAACAUCACUUCAUAUCAUCACAUCAAGAACUCGGGAGAGGCCAAAUUGAAGCAAUGCUAGAUUUGGGGCAGGCUAGUUAUCAAGAAGAACGAACCUCAUGCCCUUUUUGCCUGUCGACUGGGCCAUUUUUCAGAGGCCUUUUCAAUCAUAUGACUUACCACCAAGAGAGGCUCGCAUGCUUUGCUGCGACGGCGCAGUCUCUCAAUCAGGACGACGGUCUUUACGGCGAUACAGACUCGGAUAAAGCCCAGGGAGACGAUGACCCAGAUGCUUUGCAAUUGCUUGACUCUGAUAUUUCUUCAUGGGGUUCCAGUUCAAGCAAAGGCUCGGAAUCAUUUCCAAUACAGAAAAAGGAGAUUUCUGUAUCUCUUGGAAGAGAAAUACGCCAAGCCAUGGUACACUCAGUUGAACCGGAUGAUGAUUCCGAUCCAGAACCAUCUACAAGCUUGUUCUCGUCGAGGUACCUCCCGAUGGACCAAUUGAAUCGCAUUAUAAACCACGAGGCAAUCCUGAAAGAGCUAAGAAGACUCGACUUGUUCGAAGAGUCAGAACUGUCGAGGAGAGCCAUGGAUAUCCAGGGAAAUAUAGACUUCAAGCGGCAUACCAAACUGGGCCCUGGUCCAACUGAUUCGACAGGCAUUUCCACUCCGUGCCCAACGCGGAAGAAGAUUUUUGCUAUUCUUGCUCUAAUGGGGAAAGUACCCGCUAUCGCCGAUGUUUGCGAUGAGGGUCUGUCAGAUGAGGACCUGCCAUUGGAGUUGGACCCUGACGGCUUGAGGCUAGUCAGGAGAAACGGGACGUCUUCAGAACCUAUCCAAGCAUUCAUCAACUGGAGGGAACACGAGUCCGACAUGUUUGAUUCCUAUCAAUGGAACAUGUUAGCACCGUACUUUGUUCUCCCUGGCGAUGAUGAUCCGAGGGUUAUGCAGUACACAAUGAGCUACAUGAUUCCGCUCCCGUUCAGUGUUGCCGAAACCAUCCCAGAUAGCGCCUCAAGUCCCGUGCAUAGAUACCUAGGUAUGGAGAAGAUCGAAAUUCAUCACGCUCACCAUAGCCAAGGAAAUCCCAAGGUAAGCCAUCUUUCAAUCAAAAGUCAGCCGAUACUUGGCUUAUCAUCAGUUCUUCAGCGUUCGAAUCAGAAUGUCUUCGCUGUUAAGGUUCUGCGAGAUGUUGAAGCCGCAGAAUAUGAUUUGAGAUUCAAGUCUUUGCUCAAACUGGCUAAGAAACGUCAUCCUCACGUGCUGGAACUCCUUCUGGGCCUGACGCAUGGUUGCACAAGGUCUUUUAUUUUCGGGUGGCCUGACUGUGACUUGGAGCAGUUCUGGGCCAGCAACUCUCCCGGCGUUGAUGCAGUUGACAUGGCUACAUGGAUCUCAGCACAGCUAUUUGGUUUGGCUGAUGCCUUACAACUGAUCCGAGACUUAUUCCCGUCAGGGGUACUGGGAGAGAAACAGCCGCCACAUAGAGAUCUCAGCCCAGAGCGUAUUCUAUGUUUUGAAACCAAAGGGAUCACUCAGUGCAUACUCAAGAUUGCAGACUUUGGGUCUAUGCAGUACCAUGACGACCAAGCCCAUCAUCAACGAGGCUAUGAUAUAGGCAUUGACUCGGCCUACCGCGCUCCAGAGCUACUAACCGGUGAACUUGCUCCGAACUCGGAUCUAUGGUCUUUUGGAUGCAUCAUCCUGCACUUCAUAGUCUGGUCGCAUGGCGGCUGGGCACUGGCGAAUUCAUUAUCAGCUUCGACCUCCGCCGAGGAAGGAGAAGGUUCUGAUGAUGAUAAGUUUUUCAAGUAUUCAAACUUGAAUAUCACCCGUCAAUGCCUAGUUCCCCAGGCUUUAACUGAAAGAGACACUGGCUGUGCAGUGAUUAGCCGGGGCAACAAUCUACCUAAUACUGUCGUAUUGAAAGAAUCUAUAAAACAGGUAUGUUGGAAUGCUUGA